GCGAAUGAAAAGUCAGCCCAGCCAAGCCGAAAAAGAGGAACGUGGGAGUGGGCGGAGGACAAGCCAAAGAAGAAUCCGAUCUCGUUGGAUCGUGAAAUGCGACAUCCUCGGGGCACCUAACGCGCACCGGCCACAUUUCCAUUUUCAGAAAUUCACAUUGGAGGCUGUCUUGGGAACAACCAUUACAUCUACAAGAGGUAGCAUAAUUCUUAUCCUGUCACAGACUCAACCACUGAUUCUACAAUGUCCAGUAUAGAUCCAUUUCAGCAGAUCAUGGUGGAACAUCAGUAUUCACACAAAUUCACUGUGACGGUUAAGCAAGCUAAAAAUGUUACCAAGGGGGCUUUUGGAGAUAUGCUAGACACUCCUGACCCCUAUGUGGAGCUCUUUAUUCCCACAGCACCAGACAGCAGGAAGAGAACAAAACAUAUCAACAACAAUGUGAAUCCUGAGUGGAAUGAAACUUUUGAGAUAAUUUUGGAUCCCAAUCAGGAAAAUAUUCUGGAGAUUACUCUUAUGGAUGCAAAUUAUGUGAUGGAUGAGACUAUUGGUACAGCAACUUUUCCCAUUUCAUCUUUGAAAAUUGGGGAGAAGAAACAAGUUCCAAUCAUCAUUAAUAAAGUUACAGAAGUCACAUUGGAGGUAUCUAUUGAAGUUUGCUCUUCAACAGACCUCCGUUUCAGCAUGGCUCUGUGUGAUGAAGAGAAGGACUUCCGACAGCAGCGGAAAACUAGAGUAAUGCAUUAUCUGAACAAGUUAUUGGGAGCUGAUUUGACCUCUAUUCGUGAUGUACCAGUAAUAGCAAUCUUGGGUUCUGGAGGUGGAUUUCGGGCAACUGUGGGACUUUCUGGAGUAAUGAAAGCAUUGUAUGAAUCUGGAAUUUUAGACUGUGCAACAUAUAUUGCUGGUUUAUCUGGAUCUACAUGGUACAUGUCAACCCUGUAUUCUCAUCCAGAUUUUCCAGUGAAAGGGCCAAAGGAGAUAAAUGCUGAGUUGAGGAACAGUAUUAGUCACACCCCACUGAAACUACUUACACCCCAGAAAGUGAAGCGAUACAUUGAAGCACUGUGGAAAAAGAAGAGGUGUGGGCAGCCUGUGACAUUUACAGAUAUCUUCGGAAUGUUGAUAGGAGAAACAUUGGUUCAAAAUAGAAUGGAUAUCACUUUAUCUCAUAUGAAGGAAAAAAUAAACAAAGCACAGUCAGCUUUGCCACUUUUUACUUGUCUUCAUGUUAAACCUGAUGUGUCAGAAUUGAUGUUUGCAGAUUGGGUGGAGUUCAGUCCCUAUGAGAUUGGAAUGGCUAAAUAUGGGACCUUCAUGACUCCCAAUCUGUUUGGCAGCAAGUUUUUUAUGGGCACAGUAGUGAAAGAAUACAAAGAGAAUCCUCUGCAUUUCUUAAUGGGUAUAUGGGGAAGUGCAUUUGCUAUACUGUUCAACAGAGUGCUUGGCGUUUCUAAUAGCCAAAAUAAAGGACCCACAAUGGAAGAAGAACUAGAAAAUAUCAGGUUGCGACAGAUUGUAAGCAAUGAUUCAGAUAGUGAUGAUGAAUCACAGGGGCCAAAAGGCUCGGAAAACCCCCAGUCUCACGAACAGACCAGCCAGGAAAGCUGGGUCCAGAGGAUGUUUAUGGCACUGGUAGGCGACAGUGCCCUUUUCAACACCAGAGAAGGCCGUGCUGGCAAAGUCCACAAUUUCAUGUUGGGUUUGAAUCUGAAUACUUGCUAUCCAUUAUCCCCUUUCAUUGGUGUCAGUACUCAGGAAUCGGUGGAGGAUGAUGAUGUGGAUACUGCUGUAACAGAUCCCAAUGAAUUUGACAGGAUAUUGGAACCCCUGGAUGUAAAGAGUAAAAAAAUUCAUGUUGUAGACAGUGGGCUUACUUUUAAUUUGCCAUAUCCACUUAUCUUAAGACCACAGCGAGGAGUUGAUCUUAUUAUCUCAUUUGAUUUUUCUGCUCGCCCCAGUGAUUCUAGUCCUCCUUUUAAGGAAAUUUUACUUGCUGAAAAAUGGGCCAAAAUGAACAACCUUCCUUUCCCGAAAAUAGACCCAAAUGUGUUUGAUCGUGAAGGGUUAAAAGAGUGUUAUGUUUUCAAGCCCAAAAAUCCUGCAUCUGAAAUAGAUUGUCCAACGAUUAUUCAUUUUGUUUUGGCCAAUAUCAACUUCAGAAAUUACAAAGCGCCAGGUGUUCCAAGAGAAACUCAAGAGGAGAAAGAUUUUGCUGACUUUGAUAUUUUUGAUGAUCCUGACUCGCCAUUCUCCACCUUCAACUUCCAGUAUUCACAUGAGGCUUUCAACAGGUUGCACGAUCUGAUGGAGUUCAAUACCCUUAACAACUUAGAUGUAAUCAAAGAAGUGAUAACAGACAGUAUUGAGUAUAGAAGGCAAAACCCAUCACGCUGUUCUGUAUCGCUCAGCAAUGUUGAAGCAAGGAGAUACUUCAACAAAGCUAAAAGCAAUAACCAUACCUAAGGAUCAAUACAAGCUUUGCUACUUAGAGCCAAGGAUUGUUGCAUUGAUCAGACUAUAUGCAGAAAAAAAUCCUCUGGGAAUGAAUCAUUACAAAAUAAAGGAAUACAAUUGCAUCCCUGAUGAUGAUGAUGAUGAUGAUGAUGAUGAUAAUGAUAGGUUUAUUUACAGCUAGAAACCAAAUAACAAGUAUAGUAUAAAUUACACAAUAAGACACAAAGGAAGAAGGAGAAAAAAGAACAAAGUAAAAUACUUAAUGCAAUAGAAUUCAUAAGCAUCACAGUCGAUAAUAAUGUUAAAAUAAAGUUUUAAAAAAUGGUUCAACUGGUUUUUCUUCAGAUCAUAUAAAUCUUCUGACCCAGCUGUUCUUGAAUAUUUCUCCUCAUUCCUUUAAAACACUUCUCCCCAGCAAUGUUGUCCCAAAUAUAUUGAUUUAUUUAACAUGUUGGAAGUUGUACAGUAAUCUUAGCAUAGUUAGAGGCUAAGUUGAGGAAUGGUUACUUUAAGAAGACAAUACUCUCAUUUUUGAUGUGAAUACUCUGUGGUUGUAUGAAUGCUAUAUUCUAAGUAAAUUGUUUCAUGAAAGUAUUCUUCCCAGGCAAUUAUAUAAAAAUGUUUGUAUCAGUGUGAAAUGAGUGUUAAAAAUCUAAACCCAUCUGCACCAUCCAUUCAUUUAACAACAUCAAAAACAAAAUUAGAUGGAUGAUAACAUCGCUUGGUUUUUUUGUUUUGUUGAAUUUUUAUAUAAUUAAACAUAGUAGACUCUUGAUUUAGUUUAACUUAGUUAAAGGACAGAGACUUUUUAAAAAGUGUUUAUUUCUUUUAAAGUAAAAGUUGCAUAAAGGGACUUAAACUUUUAAAAACAAGAGUGGCUUCCUUUCCCAGUUAUGGACAUAUUCACAAUUAUUUAUAUUGCCAGUUGAGCCCUUAAAAUAUGGGAAACCAUUCUGCAUAAAUGUUUUUUUGCAAACCACUAGAUAUUUUUAAGCACUACAGAUUCCUUUCCCCUUCCAUCACACUCCUGUCCCAUGCAACUACCUGUCAUUGUUGCAAUCUGUACAUAAUUCUAAAUCACAAUGGGGAAUACUCUUUUUUAAGCAUAACUUGAUCCAUGAAGCUAUGCCUUACAAUAAAGGAAUGUAUCAGGCUAUUAUAGCUUGCUAAAUGCCCCCAAUUUGGUAUUGUGUUUGAGUCAGGCUAUGAAAUCAUCAUUCUAUAUUUAAUUUAUGGAAUGUGUGAGAUAUUUCAGAGCCACACUAUAGCCAGUCCUUCCCAGGUCAUGCUCUCAUCCCUUUCUCUUGGUUCUUUGGUGUAUAUAGUUAUUUUCCUAUCCAAGUAACAAACAGGAAUAUAGAGAUGUACCCUCUGAUAGUACAUGUUGCUCUUCAUGAACAGACUGCACCAUCUGUUUUAGUUAUGGAGUUGCCUUCUGAAACAAAACAGAAAAUCUCUUUAUAUUUUCCUUGCUGAUUUGUGCUUAUGAUUGUAAAUCUUGACAAGAUGGACUAUGCUACUGCUUGGUACCAGAAUAAUUAAAUCGGGAUGAGUAACUCAGUCCAACACUCAGGAAAAAAUACAGAUGAAAUGCUAAAAGAAUGACAUUGAGUUGAGCAGGUAUAAAAAUUCAAUAUAUAAAUAAAAUGCUGGUGGGUAUUUCUUAGUGUGGGUUUGUGCCUGAAAUCAAAUUUUGAUUUGUAGUGACUGCCUGGAUAACUCCCUGCAGUUUCCUUGGGAAGGUUUUUCAGGAAGUGGCUAGCCAUUGCCUUCUUAGGGCUGAAAGCGAGUGGCAUAAGGUCCCUCAAAUGUUGACUUCAUGUUGAAGGUGGGAUUAAAACUGAUGAGAUUCCAAUUUUUAGACUGGUCUCUUAAGCAUCUCAUAUAGUUUAGAGACCAAACUAUAUCCACUGAACCAGAAAUUUAAUCCAGUAUGUAAUUAUUCAUUUUGUAUGCACUACUCCUUGCUGAGAACUAAAAAUCUGUUCAGAAUUAAUUUGUCCCUAUUUCUUCUUCACUCCAGGCACCAAAGAGCACCAAAUGUCUGUUCACAAGAGCCUUUAGUUCCCUUCGACUUCCCUUAGUAAUUUUUUUCCACUUCCCUACACAAAAGAGAAUUUUAAAUCCUUAUGAUGGCCAGACAUUACACUGAAGCAUAGUACAUGUGUAUCUGCAAUGACAUUUUUGCUGUCUAACGUGUAUUGUUCAAGUACUGGGAACAUGAGAAGUUACAGUAACUGCAUUGCUUUUGACUGGAAUGUUAUGAAGUGAGCUCACAUUUGGACAAUAUACAAUCUUAAAGUAACAUGAUUCUCUUUGCCAAAUUGUAGCACUUUGCAAUGGCAACUAUUGCAAAUAUGUACGAUCAGACCUUUCCUACUUUUAUGCCAUUUCAAAACUAAUGAUCCUUGGCUGUUAGAAUGCUUUGUUUCAAAACUUGGGUUGAUUUCAGAACAAAAAUAUUAAUGCCCCUGGAGAGUAGAACAAAAGAUCAACUGAAGGGUCAUGGUUUAGAGCUUUGUUUUCAAGGCAGAUUGAACAAGAUAGCAUUCCCUAAUGGAUGUAAUCCAGCUACUCCCAUGGUUGAUCAUGAUUUCACUUCGGAAAU